GCGCUCGUGGAAAGACGGGCGCCAACGUCUGCCCCCUUACACGCGCCCCGAAAGUCCUAGCGUGGUUUCCGCGCUAGCACGGCUGGCGCUGAGAGAGCACGGAACGUCUGCGGCAAGUUGGGAGCCCUGCUGCUGGCCUCUCUGCUUCCACGUACCGUCAUCUGUCACCAGCGAGUUGUGCAGCCCCGCUUGGAGGGAUGAAACAUGAGAGUGCUAUUGGGUUCGCACAAGAGCGAUGUGUGUUCCUGAUCCAGCAAGCGCUUGUGUUAAGGACCUGGAGACUUGGAGAGACCUGCCUCGCUGAGCCUGUGUGAUGUCUUCUGUAACCUAAGAAUCUAAAGCACUGGAACCUAAUCAGAUUGUGUAGAAGACAAGUUAAAAAUGUGCUUUAUAUUUGCAGGGUUAGAGAUCUAGGUUGUAAGCCCCUUUGGGCAGGGUUGUCAUGUAGCAACCUUUAUACCUGCCAGACAACUUAGUGAAGUUUUUAAAAGUCAGUAAAAGGUAUGCCUGUAGCUCUAAACGAAUCUUAGUUUCUUAGUGUCAUCCCCUCAUGAAUGACCAUCUUCUAUUUUUGCUAACCAGCAUCUAGAUUAAGCCUUAGUCCUUUUGAGCACAGUGCUUUACUGUCGUGUGUAAGUUGCAAGAUCUGGUCCAAGACUGUAAGCCCAUCAAGUGGCAAGAUUUUUUUUUUUAAUUUAUUAUUUUUUACUGUGGAGCACAGUGCUGUUGUGCGUAUACAUAAAUUCUGCUUACAAAUUGCUAUGCUCACUAGCAACAAUUUAUCAAGCAACAAUUUAUGGUGGUCAGAAUGCUGAUAUAAAAAUACUGUGGUUGGUGAUUUCCCAGAAUAUUAGACAACAGAAGAAUUAACUUGUAUCCUUAUUAAUUUCUCCUAUGUGUCUGUAAGCUUGAAUUAUUUGGGGCUCUGUUCUUUCAUGUAAAAAACCACAACAUGUUAAAUACAUUGUAUGUUUUUUAGCAUCAGCCAGUUAUUUAUAAAACUUGUGUAUGUGCAGGGAUACCCAAAGCGUAGGUAAGAUAAGUUCCCUGUACUCAAGGUAUUCAGAUGUAACUAAUAUGGUGAGAUAACUGUAUCAGCUAGUCCAAACUAGCUGUGUGGUCUCUGUGAUUUAACACUUGCAGAUGUAUGUGUGCACAUGCACACACACACAUGCACACACACAAACACACACUUUUAAGUGCAAACUGAGUUAUCAGAAGGCUAUUCUUUGAAAGUUAAGCUGGUCACUGACUGAAGAACUCUGAGAGAACUAGAGUGCAACUAUUCUAUAAUGGCAGUAUCCUUCUAGAUACUAGCAACUGCUGAGUAGAAUACCUCAAUUAGAAGAGACCUGGAACUUAAUGAGCUGGCAGGGGCUAAGGGUGCAGCAAAAGUCCUAGAAAAAAGGAAUACUUUCCUCUGCUCCCUCUCCCAAGCUGACAUUCAGAAUGGCUGCAGUGGUAGUGUCUGGAAAUGCAUCAGAAAUGCACCAGAAAGAUGUACAUCUUCACUCCAAAAUCUUCAAAUAUUUAUUCAAAUAUUUAUUUCAAAAGAUCAGAAAUAAUUCUUUUAUGAUGCAAUGAUUCCUGCCUGAGUUCUUCCUUUCCUUCACUACUUCUGAGAUUCAAGGGUUUGGAAUUUCUCUUUAAACAUCACACUGUUUCCUACACUGGCUCCUGACAAAAAAGAUCUUGACACAAGUUCUGUUUCAAUUUUUUGUCAUUUAAAAGUCAAACAGCCUUUUUUCUCACACUCUUUAUACUUUUGUAAAUAAGUUCAUUCAAUGAUGUGAAUAUUUUACAAGGAGGAGGUUGUGUUGUUACCUCUUUUAAAAUAAGAGAAAAACAGCUUCCAUUGUGUUUAGUUAAUUUAAGAAAAAUUUCUAUCCAGCCUGAAAUAUGAGCACGCAGAGACCAGGAGGUAGAUUCCCUUCCUUUCCCACUGUCUUCCAGAGAAUCUUCAUUUGGUUCAUAGGAAGUUUCCCAUAUUCCAUUAUGAUUCUUCUUUCUGGGAGGGUUAUUUUCGUUCUCUGUUUCUCAGACCUUUUCCUGUAGACGGGAACGGGGGAAGGAGCCCAGACGUGGCAACACAUUCUCAGGCUCCUGCAGGACCGCCAUGGCUUAUGAUGACUCCAGGAAGAAAGAAGAGUACCUAGAGAGUGACCGAAGUGUUGAUGACGUGGGGCUGGCAGCUGGCAGGACACAGCGAGAGAGAAAACGCUGUUACCAGGAUCUACUGCAAGAAGAGGAAGAGAUAGCAGCUCAGGACAGCAAGCUCGUCUUUCUGGGGACAGAACCUCACAAAAAGAAGCGAAAGCAUUCCUCCGAUGAGUUCAGCUACAGAGAUCUUUCGCCUUUGGAUCUACCAUCAAAGAAGAAGAAAAAAGCAGUUUCCAGCCCACCCUCUGCUGAUACGACCAUGGAUCUACUCAAAGCUAUCACCUCACCUUUGGCCACUAGCUCAAAGUCUUCAAAGAAAACCUCUGAAAAAUCAUCAUCUUAUUCUUCCUCUGGCCAUUCUGAAAGUAAAAAGGAGCACCACAAGAAGAAGUUGAGUGGAAGCAGUGGGGAGCACUCACUGGAUGAUGGCAGCUACCACAAAUCUAAAAAAAUGAAACCUCUCUAUGUGAACACAGAGACACUUACUCUUCGUGAACCUGAUGGCUUGAAGAUGAAGCUCAUCCUUUCGCCAAAGGAGAAAGGAAGCAGUGCAGCAGACAAUGAGUCUUUCCCCUACUCUUCACCACCAGCAACUGCAAAGAAAUCUUCAAAGAAAUCAGCUCGAGAUGAGCAAGGCUCAUUCCUUCUGGGUCAUGAACUGCAGAGCUUCCUGAAGUCAUCCCGGAAGAAGCACAAGCCACCUCCCGACCCACAUCCACCUUCCGAGGGGUUUGGUGCUGACACCUCCUUUUCAGAGGGCCACGGGAGUGAAUGUGACAUUUCAGGUCUGGAGGCACCACCAGAAUCUGGUUCAUCCUCUGGUGGGGAGUUGGAGGCUGGAGAGCUAGUGAUAGAUGAUUCCUACCGGGAAAUCAAGAAGAAGAAGAAGUCGAAGAAAAGUAAGAAAAAAAAAGACAAGGAGAAACACAGAGAAAAGAAGCACUCUAAAUCUAAGAAGAGUUCUGGACACCCUGUGGCAGUAGCAGAAGUAACAAUGUCGCCGCCACCUCCUACCAGUACUCCUUAUGUUCUUCCUCCACCUCCUCCUGUUUUUCACUCAGAUGGGCAGGGUGAGAAGAAGAGGAGGAAGGAAGACAAGGAGAGAGAAAAAACUGAGAAAUGGGAGAAGCCAAAGAAGAAGAACAUGUCUGCCUAUCAAGUGUUCUGUAAGGAAUAUCGUACAACUAUUGUGUCUGAACACCCUGGGAUAGAUUUUGGAGAACUGAGCAAAAAACUGGCAGAAGUGUGGAAGCAGCUACCUGAGAAGGAUAAACUGAUCUGGAAACAGAAAGCUCAGUAUCUGCAGCACAAACAGAAUAAAGCAGAGGCCACCACUGUGAAGAGGAAGGCAUCAUCUUCAGAUGGUGCACCAAAAGUAAAAGCUUCUCCAACAGGCGUGCUUUCUUCUCCUCAUAAAAAAUCCCCCUCUAGCACUGUGGUGGUGUCUGUCUCACCAGCCAAAGUCCCUGAGACAGAUCCUAUUGAUGUAGCUGCGCACUUACAGUUGCUAGGUGAAUCUCUGAGCCUCAUUGGUCACAGACUGCAGGAAACAGAGGGAAUGGUGGCUGUUUCAGGAAGUUUAUCAGUACUUCUAGAUUCCAUCAUCUGUGCUUUGGGCCCGUUAGCAUGUCUGACAACGCAACUACCUGAGUUGAAUGGCUGCCCUAAGCAAGUUUUGUCAAACACACUAGACAACAUUGCCUACAUCAUGCCUGGACUUUGAUAGGAAGAAAUCCUGGGAUGUGCUCAACCUCUGCAUAACUGACUUGCGUGCAUAUGCACUACGCCGGCACUCUCUAAGGGCUCCGUGUGUAGGAUUUUAACGUUUUAUAUCUGUAUACUAUAUACAUAGGAUUGUAACUAUUUGACUUCUAUUAAUUUCAUGAACAGUUGUGAAUUUAAGCUGAGAGAACCCUUUUAUGUUGGUGGAUGAAAUGUACUCCAAUUUGAAAGUAUUUUUAUGAAGAAUUCAGAAAGCGUUUGAGAUACUAGCCUUAAAUUCAGAUCUGUUAGUGGGGGAAGCACCCACUAGAGAAUCGACUUCUAGAUAUAAAAAACAAAAUAUUAAGAGUGGUUGUUGGAACAGAUUGUCCAGAGAGGGUAUGAAUCUCCAUCCUUGAUGUUAUUUAGAAACUGACUGAGCAACCUGCUCUAGUUAGACUUUCUUUAAGCAGAGGUUGGACAAGAUGACCUCCUGACAAUUAUUCUGUGGGCAGUUAGAGAUGCUAAUUUAUUGUGGACCAAGGAGUAGAACUGAACUCUUCACCAGCCCUGUUUCUAACUUUUUCAGUAUAAAAUCUACUGCUUGAGGGAAAAGCUGGAUAGCUGAUAAAAGAUAUAGAGGUCUUCACCUCUGAGUCACAACUUCCAAGCUUCCCUCUUCAGUGACUGAUGACUGAAAGUUGUCAGCGUCAGCUGGCUGGUCUGGUAGCUUGCAUUUGGUUUGAAGGUGAAGAUGGCAAAACAUUUGUUCUUUUCUUGUGGACUGGCAUCCAAAUUGCCAUUAGCGUGAGGUAUCAACAGACUGCACUGGCUUGUGAGAAUGAACCUCCUGCUGAUUUUUCCAGGGCUUGGUCAGCCCACUUUCACAGAAUCACAGAAUCACAGAAUGGUUGAGGUUGAAAGGGACCUCUGGAGAUCAUCUAGUCCAACCUCUC